GCGCCGCGGGGCCGUGCGGGAGCGCUGCCGGAAUGGAGGAACGGGAGCGGCUGUGCCGGGAGAUCCGAGUGCUCCAGGGUCUCAUCAACAGCCACAGGAACAUGCACGGGAAUGUCCCGCGUCCGGCGCCAUCGGCUCCUCCGAGGUGGAGCAACCCCCGCCAGCCUGGCUACACCAGGAGAGGAGCCUUUUCCACCAGGUACCCCCAGCAGGCUCCCAGGAAUUUCCACCCACGCCAGAUUCACUCCUGGAGGAAAAAAUACUCCCUGGACAACCGGCUACCGGGAUCGGGGUAUGACGUUGGAAGCGCUUCCAGCACUUCCUCCCAGGGUUUUGGGAGCCUUGGGGACAGCCAAACUCCUGAGCCAGCAGAAUCGUCCCCAGAGAGACACGUGGACUUCACCAUGGAUGGGAACAUCGUUGUGGAUAUCCAGGUGCCACAAAGGGCUGGCCAGGAAAAUGUGGGUCCUUACGGCGAUUUUUCCAGGCGGGAAGCGGCGGUGGCUCCUUCAGUGGAUGGAAAUAUCCAGAAAUCUCUUCUCCAGAAGGAAGAGAGAAGACCUUCCCUAUCCAUUUCCUUCAGCUCCACAUCAAGGACUGUGUGCCUGCCUGGAAGUGGAGCUGGGAGCUCCUUUUCUGCCUCUGGAAGCAGCAGUGAAAGUGCCGUGGCGCUGAAGUCAGAGCCACAAAAUCCUUUGGAAUUGCCAGGUCAGGAGCCGGCCCAGCACUCGGCACGGAUCAAGGCAGAACCACCCUCUCCAGGACAUCCAAGCAGUGAGGAAAUCCAGGAUGCUUCCCUACAUCCCAAAAUCUUUGGGAAUGCUGAGACUCUCUCUCGACCUGCUCAGGCUGAGGUGACUCCGGUGAAAAGCAGAUUUCCCGUAAUUCCCAAAGCUCCUGCUCUUCAAAAAGCUGCCUCAGCACCCAUCUCCAGCAAAUCUCAGAAAUUCAGGAAGAACAACUACACCUGGGUGGCAAACCCUGGGAAAAGCUCUCGGAUUGUGAAGAGGUGGGCGAGCCCUCGAGCUGAAAAUUCCAAGAAGGGCACUACGGGAACGGACAAAGGUGCUAAAAUCUCUCCCAAAGCAGAUUUGGGAGCGAAGAUAAAGAAGUUGGGAUUGCAAUCCAAGCUGGGGGUUUCUCCCAGUAAAUAUAAAUGGAAAGCCUCCAGCUUGCAGACUUUGCCUUCCACUUCUAAAUCAGCAUUCCAGUGGAGAUCUGAGGACCAGAAGGCGCCAGCCCCAAAUAUCCCUCGAGCCACCUCUGUCCCAGCUCCGAGUGCAGCGUCCGUUGUUCCCAGUGGGGUGAAAUCCUUUGGAGAGGCUGCCCUGUCCACUUACAAAGUGAAGAGUCGGACAAAAAUCAUCAAGAGGAAAGGGAGUGUAAGUUCCCCCACGGAUAAGAAGAACAUCUCUCCCACCACAGCUCUGAAGAGCCGCUUCCACCUCCGGAGGAGAAAUUCCAUGCGGGGAAAACCUUUGGUGACGGUGAAACGCUCCUCGCCCCGGGGCCUGGUGCAGAUUUCCAAGCACCGGCUCUGCCGAAUGCCGGCAACCAGGACACAGGUGGCCACCAAGGAAGGAUCCAACUUCCACUUUGCAAGGAGCCCCCCAGCCAGCAAAGUGAUAAAGACACGCUACAGGAUUGUAAAGAAGAACGUGGUGUCUCCAGCCUUAUCCUCCUUCACCAGCCCCAUUCCCACCUGGAAGACCAGGCGCCCUGUGGCAUCCAGAUCCCCGUUGUUAAACCAAAUCCGACCCUCACUCCAAGGUGGCAAAUCCCAGCUCGUCCAACAGCGCUGGAGGAACAAAGGCUUCCGCUGCAUCGGCGGGGUCAUGUACCGGGUGUCGGCCAACAAACUCUCCAAAACUUCCAGCAGUCCUGUCCGGGCCAGGGACUUGGGCACCAAAACUCCCAUCAGAGCAGCAUUGAGAUUGCACUCCACACCCAGUCCUGGAGUCUUUACACCCAGCAUGAGCAGAUCCUCAACAUGCCGAUACGUCGCCAGCCGUGCUGUGCAGAGGAGCUUGGCCAUCAUCCGUCAAGCCAAGCAGAAGAAGAAAAAGAAGGAAUAUUGUAUGUACUACAACCGCUUUGGGAGGUGCAACCGGGGUGAUAGAUGCCCCUACAUCCACGAUCCGGAGAAAGUGGCUGUCUGCACCAGGUUUCUCCGUGGCACGUGCAAGAAGACGGAUGGGACCUGUCCAUUUUCCCACAAGGUGUCCAAGGACAAGAUGCCGGUGUGUUCCUACUACUUAAAGGGGAUCUGCAGCAACAGCAAUUGCCCCUACAGCCAUGUCUACGUGUCCAGGAAGGCAGAAGUGUGCCAGGAUUUCCUCAAAGGAUAUUGUCCCAUGGGAGAAAAGUGCAAGAAGAAGCACACGCUGGUUUGUCCUGAUUUUGCCAAGAAAGGCGUCUGCCCCAAGGGUGCCCAGUGCAAACUCCUGCACCCCCAGAAGAGACGUCACCCACAGCAGGUUGGAGGUGGUGGAGACCACAACAACCCCCCUUGCAAGUGGAGACGGAUCCAGGAGGUGUCAGGCAGGAAUGAUCCAACUCAGCUCCAGGAUGAUGGGGAAAUUCCUGGACCCUCCAGUGCAGAGCAAGAGGUUAAGUUUUGGAAAGAGGAGGACCCCAAGCCAAGCAGCUGCCUGCAAAAGCUGCCAUCCUUCAUCUCCCUCCGAUCCCCAGAAUCUCCUGGUUCCCUGGGCUGCAAAGAGGAGAGGGAUGAGGACGAGCCAGAGGAUGAACCAGGCAACACCAAAAGGAGGAGGAUUUUGCCAGAGUCAUCCCUGCAGGAUUCCAAGAACUCCGUUCUGGGUGGCAGAGGGAAACGGCUGCAGAUCAAGCCCCGGCUGUGAAUCCAUCCCAAUCCUGUGGCAGCCGACCAGCUCAGGAACUGGAGAGCCAGGGAAUGACCUGGCACCUACCUCAGGAUGCCAUGUCCAGGCAUGGCACCCCCUCCCCCUCCUCUUCUUGCUUUUCCAGGAUGUCAUUUGGACACGGAGUGGUGUGGCAGCGUGGGAAUACACCACUCGUUCCUGCAGGGAAGCAACUUUGUUUGGAAUCUUUGAAUUGACCAAUAAAUCACCUUUUCAGCUGGUUUGUUGAAGGCAAGUGCUGCCACCUCCUUGGAUGCUUGUAGGGCUGGGAAGAGCUUCCCAUCCCCAUCCAGGUCAGGAUGUGCUGGGGACAAAUCACCGUGCUGGGAUGGGUGUAAAGCUCCCACAGCCCUGAUCCCACCAUUCCAAGAGCCCAUCCUGCUCCAUCCCCUUGUUUUUGGGAGGAGAUUUCCUGGAGCUGAGAGCAUCCCUCAUGGAAAUGUGUUGGGAGUGGUGCUGAGAUCACACUCUGUGUUUUGGGGUCUCCCAUGGCCCAGUUCCACCCAACCCCCACCUCUCCCUAUCCCAAAGGGGUUUGGGCUCCAUUGGGAAAGCCAAGCCAACUCUCCAGGGUUUGGGGUUUUUUGUGACUCCCCAAAUCCAAGCAGGAGCAGAGUGAAGGCAGAGCAUUAUGCCACUGGAACAGUGCAAUUUCCAAGGGAUUUUGGGGUGGCAGGUGCUGUUCCCCCACACAGACGUGAUUUGUGGGGUUUGCUCAUUCACAGCCCCUCAGGCAAAAUCCUGUGGGGAAAAGGCAUCAGAGGGAUUUGGGAAGAACUGGGGCUCCCUGGGUAUCCAGGUGUGAUCACAGAUGGGGUGGGAAAUGCCAAUGGGCAAUGGCUUCACCCCCCAAACAGGUCCCCACAGGGGUUUCCCUUCCUCAAGUGACCCCCAUGGAGAGGUUUUGUCUCCAUCCCAAUUUCACAACGUCCCCCAUCCACCCUGGGAUGUCACUUGUGCCCCAAGGUGUGUCCAACGAGUUGAUUUUUAAUAAAAACAUCGUGUUUUUUGUUGAUAUGAAAAUGUCUUUUGUUAACUCCUGUGUUUUGAUAUGUAAAUAAAAAGAGUUUCCUCCCCUGGGA